AUGUCUGAGGAGAAGCACCACCACCACCACCUCUUCGGCCGCCACAACAAGGACGAGGACAGGCCGGUCGACGAAGGCGCCGUCUACUCCGAGACCACGCCUACAGCAGUGAUAAUGCUUACGGUGGCGACGGAAACCACCCUACUCCGGAUAAUGCUACGGUACUGGCGGGAACACAGCUACUCCGAGACUGCUACGGCAGGUGCCUCCGCGCAUGAGAAGCACAAGGAGAAAAGGACCCAGAGCAUGCCACGACAAGACAGGAUCGAGGAGGAGAUUGCUGCGGCGGCUGCUGUUGGAGCCGGAGGAUUGCCUUUCAUGAGCACCAUGAGAAGAAGAGGACCAAGGAGGAAGAUGAAGAGGCUCAUGGCAAGAAGCACCACCACAUCUCUUUUAAGUGUUUUGCUACUUGCUUAG